AUGGCCCAGCUAUACUACAAAAAGGUAAACUAUUCACCGUACAGAGAUCGGAUCCCAUUACAGAUCGUUCGAGCGGAGGCAGAGCUCUCAGCGGAAGAGAAGGCCUACCUCAGCGCUGUGGAGAAGGGGGACUAUGCCAGUGUGAAACAUGCCUUGCAAGAGGCAGAGAUCUACUACAACAUCAACAUUAACUGUAUGGAUCCUCUUGGUCGCAGUGCCCUUUUAAUAGCCAUAGAGAAUGAAAAUCUGGAGAUCAUGGAGUUGCUCUUGAGCCACUGUGUGUAUGUGGGAGAUGCUUUGCUGUAUGCAAUACGGAAAGAGGUGGUGGGAGCUGUGGAGCUGCUGCUGAAUUACAGGAAGCCGAGUGGUGAAAAACAGGUUCCAACCUUGAUGAUGGACACCCAGUUUUCAGAAUUCACUCCAGAUAUCACCCCAAUAAUGCUGGCGGCUCACACCAACAACUACGAAAUCAUCAAACUGCUUGUCCAAAGACGGGUUACAAUUCCACGCCCACACCAGAUCAGGUGCAACUGUGUGGAAUGUGUCUCCAGUUCGGAGGUGGACAGCCUGAGGCAUUCCAGGUCAAGGCUGAACAUCUACAAAGCCUUAGCCAGCCCUUCGUUGAUCGCCUUGUCAAGCGAGGACCCCAUCUUGACAGCCUUCCGACUGGGCUGGGAGCUGAAGGAGCUCAGCAAAGUGGAAAAUGAGUUCAAGGCUGAGUAUGAAGAGCUUUCACAGCAGUGCAAGCUUUUUGCUAAGGACCUUUUGGAUCAAGCACGGAGUUCCCGAGAACUGGAGAUCAUUCUCAAUCACAGAGAUGAUCAAAGCGAAGAGCUGGAUCCCCAAAAAUGUCAUGAUUUGGCAAAGCUAAAGGUAGCAAUAAAGUAUCACCAGAAAGAG